GGCGGGUUGGGCGGUUGAUUUCGAGUCGCUGCGCCGCGCGCUUAAGUCUCUCGGUUUGAAUACCAACGGUUCGGCUCGUCGGCCCCCGAAUGGAGACGGCCCACGUUUGGAGAGGGAUUUGUUAGAGGCGAAGGGGAUUCUUCUCAGAAAAAAAAACAGGUAAGAAGACGUGAAAAUAUUCAGAAAACAUGCCGCUGUACGGUCAAAUUAUUGUUAUUAAGCGUAAUGGAGCAGAUGGGUACCAUUUUCCUUUGAUGGCACCUUCCUGCUUGUUUGGCAGGAAAAUAGACUGUGACAUCCGUAUCCAGCUGCCUCAUGUUUCCAAAGAACACUGUAAGCUUGAAGUAAAUGAAAAUAACGAGGUUAUUCUGUCUAACUUGAGUGACGUGAAUCGGACUUCUUUGAAUGGUAAAGUUGUACUUCAUUCUGAGCGUCUACAGCAUGGCGAUGUAUUCACUAUCAUUGAUCGCUCUUUCAGGUUUGAGUACCCCUUGGAUUCGGGGCAUUUCACCGACACAAGAAUAAAGCGCAAUUCAUCAAGCCUGAAAAACGAAACUCUGCAGGUUCUUCAUGUUCAACAGGGAGGAGAGCAUGGUGUGCAGCCUGCACAGAAUCGUCGGUCAUUGAGUGGACAUACUUCUGAUGCAGUUUGUGUGGAUAGAGUCUUUGAUGAGCCAAUUAAACCAACAAAAGCUAAACCAGAUAGCUGGGAAGAUGAAGCUCCAAAGAGGCAGCAAGGACGGAGCUCCGCAGAUAUCAAAGAUGAGCAACCAGCAGAUAAGGAAGUCUCUCCUUUUUCUAAACUUUAUGAAAUGUGCAAGAACCAAGCUCUACAAAUGCAUCAGAAAAAAACAAAUAUUGAACUGUCAAACAAAAAAAACACCGAGACGACAGAGAAACUUCUUGUAUUGCCAGCAGAAGAAUCUAAAGCCAAUAUUUUUCAAGGCAGUAAGAGUUUGAGGACACCAUUGAGGUCAAGGCGUAUGAGCCAGGCUGCAGUAGAAGAAAGUAAAAUGCCAAAAGAAGAUGAUUCUGAUAAGGAAGGAAUGAAGAAUUUAGAGGCUUCAUUAGUUCAGGAUAUUCCAAGUAAAUGCUUGGGAAAAACAGCUGUUAAUAAAGAUACACCAAAGAAAAGGUGUACUUCUGUGGGAUUAGGAGAAUUUACAGAAAAUCUCUCUUCAGAAGAAAACAUUGCGUUGCUUGAAUCUUCAAAGGCAGGUGAUGUUCAAGAUAAAGCACAAAAUGACUGCCAAAUCAAUGCACCAAAAUCUAAGAGAAAGAGUCAUCCAUUUACUAGUCGAAAAUCCUUAAAUGCUGAAGAAGUCCUGAAAGAAAUUCAUGAUGUACUUGGGUCUUCAAUGGGAAAAAAGCAAAACGUUGUUGAGGAAGAAAAAUUAACUGGAAAGGAUGAUACAUCAGUUCAUGUUGCAGAGAAAAUACCUGAAACACCCAAGCGAUGUGGCAGACCAUCGUUGCAAUUCAGUCAAAUAAAGGUUACAGAGAUACAAACAGAGCAACCUCAGUUUGAAACUCCAGAGCCAAUAACAGGUGCAACAUCACCUGCAGUUACAAAAGGGAAAAGGAAUUCUUCUUUCUCUUCAUCACCUCUGCUGAAUGAAAGAGGAGAAGGUGCGGUAUCAUGUCCAUCCAGAAAGCGCAGGAGUGAAAACCUAGAAGAGAGGCUCUGUGAACCAGUUUCUAAGCAAAAGCGAGUUUCUUUUGGUGUAAACCUGUGUCCUGAAGUAUUUGACAAACGCAUGCCACCAAAUUCUCCACUUCGAAAAGGAGGCACUCCAAGAAAAUUCAGCAUUCCACUUAGUGUUUCUGCAAAUACAGCAUUGAAACGUGCUUCGAAUAUGGGACUACACAGUUGUAUAACUGAGGAAUUAACUGAACCAUGCAAAAGAAGCUCAAAGUUGUCUACUGUGAUGCCAGUAAAAUCAAAUAUGCCUCCAGCAGGCCAUGUUAGUACUUCUCCCAAAGAGACAGAAAUGGCAGUCAAGAAUCCCUCCCCAGCCAGGAGAUCACCAGCUGCAAGAAGCCCUGCACUUGGCAAAAAGUCACCAGGUGCCAAGACCCCCUCCCCAGGCAGGAAGUCACUGACUGCCAAGACUCCCUCCCCAGGCAGAAAGUCGCUGACCGCCCAGACCCCCUCCCCAGGUAGGAAGUCAUUGGCAGCUCAGAGUCCCUCCCCGGAAAGGAAGUCACUGGCUGCCAAGACCCCCUCCCCAGGUAGGAAGUCACUGGCAGCUCAGAGCCCCUCCCGAGGCAGGAAGUCACUGGCAGCUCAGAGUCCCUCCCAGGAAAGGAAGUCACUGGCUGCCAAGACCCCCUCCCCAGGCAGGAAGUCACUGGCUGCCAAGACCCCCUCCCCAGGCAGGAAGUCACUGGCUGCCAAGACCCCCUCCCCAGGUAGGAAGUCACUGGCUGCCAAGACCCCCUCCCCAGGUAGGAAGUCACUGGCUGCCAAGACCCCCUCCCCAGGCAGGAAGUCACUGGCUGCCAAGACCCCCUCCCCAGGCAGGAAGUCACUGGCUGCCAAGACCCCCUCCCCAGGUAGGAAGUCACUGGCUGCCAAGACCCCCUCCCCAGACAGGAAUUCACUGACUCCCAAGACCCCCUCCCCAGGCAGGAAGUCACUGACUGCCAAGAGCCCUUCCCCAGGCAGGAAGUCACUGGCUGCCAAGAGCCCCUCCCCAGGCAGGAAGUCACUGGCAGCUCAGAGCCCCUCCCCAGAUAGGAAUUCACUGACUCCCAAGAGCCCUUCCCUUGGCAGGAAGUCGCUGGCCGCCAAGAGCCCCUCCCCAGGCAGGAAGUCACUGGCCGCCAAGAGCCCCUCCCAAGACGAGAUGUCACCAGCUGCCAAGACCCCCUCUCCAGGCAGGAAGUCAUUUACCUCAUCAGUCAUCAAAAAAUCGCCCUCAAAUGGACCAUUCAUGAUGAAGAUAUCAGCUACCUUGUCAGCCAAGAGGCCCCGUGUUGCCAAAAUGCCCUGUUUAUCAGAUACCAAGAAGUUAUCUACUACAAAGAAAUUCUCACCACUGGCCACCAAGAUGUCAACAGCCAAGCAAUUGAUUCGGUCAGCUUCCUCGAGAUCCUUCAAUCCUUCACCUUCUGUCUGUGGACGAUUCUCCGUCUCUCGUACUAAUACACCUCCUAUUCUGGCUGUUGAAUCAACUUCUCAAGUUUUUCCAGCUUCUGCAUCACCCAAGUUGAAGCAACAUCAGCAGACAACAAACAAGCUGCCAAAUUUUAAGACGACUCCUUCCCGAAAAAGUGCUAGAAGAAGUGCUUCUCUUGCAGCAGGUUUAUAUUCCAGGAGGCAAAGUGGAGCUUCAGUUGCUAACUUAUUAGUGAAAAAAUCAUGGGCACAGGUAGUGAAGGAGGGAGUGGCAAAGUCUGAAUUCCGAUCUGCUCCAAAGAAGCGUGUUGUGAUGCGGAGACAGAUUAAGAACAAUUCGUCUUCAAAAGUUCCAAAGACACCCAUUAGAUCGGUGAAAGGCCAUUAUAGUACCGGGCAUGCUGUUUCCCCAGCAACAAUUGUCAUUGGCAAAGCACAGGCUACUACUGUUAAAACAACUGGAAUGCCUCCUCGUACAGUGACAAAUGUCUCACUCAGACGUAAAAGCCUGACAAUGGAUCAAAGUUUUACAGGUGUGGCUGAAAUGUUCACGACUCCCACGAAGAAAAAUCGAAGAGCAAGUACAAGACUGCGUAUCUCAAGUGAAGUUGGACGUUCUCAAACUAUUACAGGCACUCAAGUAUCUCAGAAUUCAUUUGAAGGCUCAGUUAUCAAAACGUCCGAAGAAACUGGUGAAAUGGUCAUCUCACCAUUAACUACUCCUGGAAGUACAAGAAGAAGAUCUACAGGUUCACUGACGUGCAGAGUUGAUUUGUCUUCUAACUCAAAAGAACUGCAUGUAAAAUGUGUGAACAUUCUAAAAGGAGGGGAGGAACCAACUGAUGAUCUAACGAGUAGAUGUACGUUAUUAACGUCUCCUGAAGAAAAGACCAAACCAGUGGAAGACAUGGUAGAGUUGAAGAGACCAUUGAAAACUCCCAAAGUAAAAGGGAUACCGGUGGUUAGUAUAAAACAAAUUAUGAAAACUCCAAAAAUAAAGGGGGGCCAAGAGGAAGAUUUUGCAAGACUACAAAAAUUGAUGGCUGAAUCGAAACAAAAGGCCAAGAGUCCUAAGGUUAGUUAUGUAGGAGUUAAAGAAAUGUUUCAUACCACAAAAGUGAUGGAAACUACUGAUUACAGCGGCUUGGGUGAAAUGUUCUCUACUCCUAAAAGAACUGAGGAGACUGUAGAGUCUGAGCUGCAGCAAAGCUCAAACGAAAGUGGGAGGAAGAGAGCAACUGAUGCAUCAUUUGCACUUGAAAAUGCAGCGUGUGAUGAUGGACAGACAGUUGAUUCAAAGGAAUUAUCUGAAACCAAAUUGAUCAAUAAAAUGGAGCAGCAUGAUCAGGAACAAUCAGUAACAAAAGCAGCCUCCAGACGAAGUUGCAGAAAGUCGUUUUCGACACCUGGAAUUAAGCUAACUAAAAUGCAAGACCAAGAUAAGAACACAAAGUCUCCUCCAUUUUCCAAUAAAGAAUAUGUACAGCCGUCAAAUCAGCUUGAAACUACAGAUGAAUUUUCCAAGCAUGAUGUUGUUGAGCUUAUGGAUUCUGAUAAUUCUACAAUGGAAGGCUCUGACAUGCUUGAGAAAUCUCCAAAUGUCAGUGGAGUGCCAAUUAUCAGUACACCAACAAAAGUGCUUCUACAAAGGAAAGACAAACUAAAACAGCCAGAAAUAAAGAAAGAUGAGAAACAUGCCCAAAUAAUACUAGUAAAUUGUGAAAAGUAUACAAUAAAUAGUGUAGUUGAGAGAUUCGAAUCUAAGAAUGUGCAAGCUGAAGUAAACAAAUUGAAAUCACCAAUGCAGAAAUCAUUAAAAGAGAAGGAUGAGACUGAAAAUGUUCAAGGAAGUGUGGAAGAAUUGGCAUUACCACAAGAGAACCUCACAACAGAUAAGGAUGUGUCUAUAGUUGGUUAUAGUGAAGUAAAUAAAUUAGCUUCACCAACCAGGAGAUCGUUGAUAGCGCCAAAUGUAAUCCCAAAUCCUCAAAAUACUGAAGUGAAGGAAUCCUGUGCCACAAUAAAAAGUGCUACACCAGGCAGAAAAUCUCAAGGGGGACAAAUUAAAGAAGUCAAAUUAACUACACCAACAAGGAGAUCAUUAAGGAGGAACAAUGAAUGUGAGAAUGAUCAAGAAGUUAAAGAGAAAGAAUUGCUGGCCCCAAAAUCGAGCAUCAUUCCAGACGAGCAGGGACCUUGGGAUCAACAAACCGAAGAAAUAAGUCAAUUAGUUUCACCGUCAAUAAAACUGAGGGAGAAGAGCAAACUCCACAUCCUUCAAGACACUGAAGUUGAAGAAGUACUUAUUCCCAACAAGACUACUACACCAGACAAGAAAGAAACUCAAAAUGGACAAGCUGAGGAUAUAAUUGAUUUGGUGCCACAAACCCGAAGAACACUGAGAGGAAGGAUGAAAGUCAGUAUACAUGGAAAAGAGAGAUUCCAAGUGCACCAGUUGAGGAUGUUCAGGAAUUGUUUAGCUCAGAAAAUGAGUUAAUGGAUCAACAAGAAGAUGAUUGCAAAGUUGAAGUCUCUUCUAGUCAAAAGCAAUCCAAGGAGGAAGAUUCGGC